AUGAUGUUAAUAACGUUAUCUCGUUAUUUUUUUUUACAAUUUUUUUUUACAGUUAUUACUUAUUCUUCAUCUCUUGAAUCCGUACAAGAAAAACAAUGGACUAAAGCCGUGGUUCAAAAAAAAGCUCCUUAUUGGGAAGGGGUUGCCGUAGAAGCCGGUGAAUUUAAAAAUUUAAAAUUAACCGAUUACUUAGGAAAGUACCUCGUACUAUUGUUUUAUCCGUUAGAUUUUACAUUUGUUUGUCCCACCGAAAUUUUAGCGUUUAAUGAUAGAAUUACUGAAUUUAAUGAAUUAAACGCCGAAAUUGUUGUUUGCUCAGUUGAUUCUCACUUUACUCAUUUAGCUUGGACCAACACAUCGAGAAAAAAUGGCGGUUUAGGAUCCAUUAAAAUACCAAUGCUUUCCGAUUUGAAUAGAAAAAUAUCACAAGAUUAUGGGGUUUAUGUGCCUGAAUUGGGUCAUACAUUAAGAGGGUUAUUUAUAAUCGAUGGACAAGGAAUUUUAAGACAAAUAACAAUUAACGAUUUGCCAGUUGGAAGAAGUGUUGAUGAAACAUUAAGAUUAUUACAUGCAUUUCAAUAUACUGAUUCACAUGGAGAAGUUUGUCCAGCUAAUUGGAAACCUGGAGCUGACACAAUUAUUCCUCAUCCCGUUAAAAAGAAAUAUUAUUUUGAAAAAGUUAAUGAAGAUUGUAGCGGUCAUUAA